AUGGGUAUCAAUCUCACAGAAUCGGGGACCAAAGGCUUGGUAACACUAGCUUCCGUUAAAGCCGCCAGUAAUGCAUCCCAGAGUACCCAUCUUCAAAGCCAGUACGUCGCUCAUCGGGCUAUAGAGAUCUCCCGUAUUCUCGAGGAUGCCCUCAAGGGCAUCUCCAGCAUCAACCCUGAAGAGGCGGUCCGUGCUGAUGCUCCGCAUCGGCCAUGUGAUUCUAUCGUCGCUAGUCUCGUCGUUCUCGUAUUCUUCCAGUCCGGUCAACAGUCUGCCGCAGAGGAUCACGACAUGAAAGCCGAUGAGAAGUACGGCGCUUUUCAGAAGCGUCUCGGGAAAUGCCAGAAAAUUGAAUUUCAAACUACCCGGCACCUAGAGGGUUCCAAGCAGGGUGUUCCUAAAUGGUAA